GUUAUGAAAUUAAUGUGCGUCCCGACUAUUCUUGGCAGGCAGGAGAGAGGGUUGCUUCUUGGGCGAUGGGGCAUUGCGCUUUUGCUGUGAGCUCCAACCUCAUUUCUUUCCCACUGCGCGUAUUGGAAGGAAGGGGCAGGAAGAGGGUGAUUGACGCUCAUACUGGGUGUACUCGAAUAAAAGCGACGGUCUCAAGACAUGACGAAGAUGACCACCAUUGGUUGCUUCAUGCCGCCACGCUUGCCGCUUCGAUACGAUACGGGGAGUCCUUCAAACCCAGUCCUUUAUUUCAUGAUCCAUAUGCUGGUUGCUUUAUAUCGCCCGACGAUCAUUUGGAAGUAGAGUACCCAACAUCAUUUUUUUCUGCAGAUCAUUACUGCCUUGCAACAAAAUUCAUUGACGAAACUUUGCUCAAUGCAGUUGGUGGUUCUGAUGGAGUUAGGCAGGUUGUUUUGCUUACAGAUGGCAUGGAUGCCCGCCCAUACAGAUUGAGGUGGCCGUCUUCUACAUUGAUAUUUGAUAUUUCUCCAACAAAAGUUUUUAACAUUGCUUCUCAAAAACUGGAAGGUGUUGGAGCAAAGAUUCCAAGAAGGUGUAUGCUUUCCCAUAUUCCUUCAGAAUCCACGUACAUACUUGGGGCUCUGCGGAGAAAAGGUUUUGACGGUGACAAGCCAAGUAUAUGGGUGAUUCAGGGAUUGCCCAUUGAGACAUUAUCAAGAUUCAAGGAUAUUCUUAUCGUUGUUAGUAGUUUAGCCGUGAAAGGAAGCUUUUUCUUAGGAGAAUUGCCUCUGAAGUUGGCAGAAACACAUGCAGACGUUAAGGAUGGUGUGCUCAGAUGGGUGGACAGCCUUUUCAUGGGAAAUGGUUUCCGAGUGAAUAUCAUAUCAUAUGAUCAGGUUGCUCAAAACUUCCGUUGUGAUUAUCCAACAGGAAGCUGCAGGAACAUCCUUUUUGUGGCACAGCAGUUACGCUUCUCUGAUGAUCAGAUGGAUUCUUGGAGGAGGGAAUUACAGAGAGCAGAAGACGAUGGAGAUGAAGAAGGAUUUGAGGAUAUGUAGACUAUUAAUGGCUGAACACGUCCAUGCUUGUACUUUCCGCUGACUAUGAGGGCUAUUGCAGCAACUAAUUUUGUUCCAUUUCUGCAUUUGGUAUAUCUAAGAGACCCGAUAUAUCUUAUCCCAGGUUCC